AUGGAAAGGGUUAACCCAGUCGACAAAUCCUUCUCUCAAAUCCCUGAAAUCCUCUCCCAGAUAAAAGCAGCCAACCCCGGCACUGUCACGGAACUUGCAACUGCUGCCUCCGAGCAAGGUUCCCAUCACUUCAAACAUGUUUUCAUUUCCCAUGGUGCAUCUCAAGAUGGUUUCCCCUUCCAACGAAAUCUCAUCGUCGUGUCCGGUGCACAUCUCAGGCGUAAUAAACCGUUAUUUCUCAUUGUUGCCGUCAGUCAAGAUGCAAACUUUCAAACAUUCCCUCUAGCUUUCGCAGUCGUAGACAGCCAGUCCGAUCAAUCUUGGAGAUGGUUCCUCCGGCACCUUGAACAGUGCUUCUCCGACAGUAAACAGCUGACUGUCCUAUCAGACGGUGGUGCAAUGGUCUCUAGGGCCCUAACGGCUUGCUAUCCAGAGGCUCAUCAUGUUGAUUGCCUACGUCGUCUUCAGCUCUCCGUCCAUCUGUACUUCAAAGUGAACGCCCUCAAAUCCUUGGUUAGAGAGGCUGCCUGUGCCCACACUGCUGUUGCUUUCCGCAGGUCAUUCAACAAGAUCAAAGAAGUUAAUCCUGACUGUGCAGACUACUUACAAGUUGUUGGUUUCCCAAGAUGGACUAGCUAUUACCAGGCCGGCGAUCGUUUCAACAUUAUGACGGCGGGUAUCGCACAAGGAUUCAUCCAUUCUCUUCUACCCCAAACUGUUGGCCCUAUUAGCAACCUCCUUCACUGCUACCACACAACUGCUAUGUUGUGGUUCCGAGCAAGGCUCCACGCCGCAAUGGACCACACUGGCGUUCUGAAACCAGGUGUACAAAGCUACAUGGACCGGAUCUCCACAACCAAGUCGCAAUGGAAGGUGAUUAUCAAAAGCUCUGGGACUUGUGAAGUUAUUAGUACUCAAGGGGAAAUUCAGUUUGUUUCUCCAUUAAGACGUUCCUGCUCUUGCAAAGUGUUCAACAAACUAAGGAUCCCUUGUGUCCAUGCAAUGGUUGCUUCUGAAUCACUGGGUGUCUCAGCUGAGGCUUUAGUCCAUCACUGUUACACAUCUGUUGCUUGGUUUGAAUCAUACAUCACUCAGCUGCACCGUUACCAAGAGCUACCAAACGCAGAAACCAUUACACAAGUAUUUCCCGAACUCCUCCCACCGUCCACAAGCUCAAUUGCAGGAAGCCCUACGGCUACUAUUCGCAUGCCAAUGUAA